AUGGAACCGAAGAAAGAGUCGAUAGAUGUUAAUGUAUGCCAACCAUCCGGGGAAUCACUGAGCGAUGGCAGACUUCAGUCGUCCGAGCCACAGAUCUAUACGAAGGCGUCACAGCUCGAGAUAGGUGAAGAUGAGGAUAACUCGUACGCUAAAAUCCCAAACUCCUUUAUUAUGUGUGAGAUGGACGACACUGACCUUAGCAGUGCACCUCCAGAGGUACGAGCGAGCGUUCCCACCGAGGAUGAAGAUGUCCCAGUCAAUACGUUUCGAGCAUGGUUCUUGGGGGUGGUUGGAACUAUGGUCCUCACAGCUCUGAAUCAGUUUUUUCAGCUUCAUUCUCCACCUUUAUUUCUAUCUGCAUAUCUAGCGAUUCUCGUGACGUUUCCCUGCGGAAAACUCUUGGAAGCUGUGUUGCCCAUGAGAACAUGGCGCGUGCUGGGCUGGGAUUUUACCUUGAACCCAGGGCCAUUCAACCAAAAGGAGCACUGUAUCGUGGCUAUAAUGGCAUCUCUCGUGACUGCUUUUGACAAUGGAUCUCUUGCGACGGAUGUCUAUGUCGCCUUUGAGAAGUUCCUUCAUAUUCCGAUUUCCCUCGGUUACAGGCUUAUGUUCCUUCUUACCAGCCAGGCCUUGAGCUUUGGAAUUGCAGGAUUGUUUCACAAAUUUCUCAUUGAGCCUGCAGCGUGUGUUUGGCCGGGAGUGCUUCCGACGUGCUCACUGCUUUACACCAUUCAUUUACGGAAUAAACGGAACGAGAAAGCCAAUGGCUGGAAGAUUAGCCGCAUGAAGCUCUUCGCUGUGAUCAUUCUUUGUGGAUCGCUCUACCAGUUUCUUCCUGGCUUCCUGUUUACCGGCCUCACGACGUUUGCCUGGAUUACUUGGAUUGUUCCUCAGAAUGUCACCGUUAACCAGGUCUUUGGAGCAGUCUCGGGGAUGGAUCUACUCCCACUGACAUUGGACUGGAACCAAAUCACUGGCUAUCUUGGAUCACCCCUACUUGUCCCCACAUGGGCAUUGACCAAUGUGUUCUGCGGGAGCGUACUGUUCCUCUGGAUUGUGUCCCCGGCAUUGCACUGGAGCAAUGUGUGGGAAGGACUGUAUUUCCCAUUCUCUUCGUCGCAAAGCUUUGACAACACAGGCAAGCCGUACAACACAAGCCGGGUGAUGAAUCCAGAUUACUCGCUGAACCAAACUGCCUAUCAUGAAUACUCACCCGUGUUUCUGUCAACGACGUCUGUACUGUCAUACGGACUGGGAUUUGCUGCCGUGGCUUCAAUUAUCGUCCAUACCGCACUCUAUCACCGCCGCGAAUUAUGGAACGGUCUCCUUGCCAGCAUUGGGAGAUCAAAUGCCGAGAAACCAGACAUUCACGCCAGGUUGAUGAAAAAGUACAACCAAGUCCCGAUGUGGUGGUAUGGAGGCAGCUUCCUAGCCAUAUUCGGCAUCAGCAUCGCCUUCCUCUACGUCUACGAUACAGGGCUUCCCUGGUACGGCUUGGUUCUGGCGAUCGCGCUCAACAUCGUGCUUUUGUUGCCAACAGGGCUUAUGAUGGCUUACUGCAACAUAAAGCUAUCGACUGCUGUUAUAUCCGCGCUCAUCGCGGGGUACAUCUGGCCUGGGAAGAUGAUGAAUAACGUGGUCUUUAAGAUUUUCACCUUGGUCUCCUCAGCUCAGGGACUUGGAUACAUUCAGUGCAUGAAGCUUGCCCACUACAUGAAAAUCCCUCCACGCGUCACAUUCGCUGCACAGUGCACCGGGAUUAUCGUCUCCUGGCUGACACAGACAGCAGUCAAUGUGUGGGCAAUGGGGAACAUCGAGAAUAUUUGCACUCCAGACGCCAGUAACAACUUUUACUGCCCUCUAGCAGCAGGAUACGCGACCAACGCUCUAUUCUGGGGCCUCAUCGGACCCAAGAGACUCUUCUCGCCGGGCUCAAUGUACCGACCUAUGCUGUGGUUCUUUCUCAUUGGCACCGUUACCCCCAUCAUACUAUAUUUACUAGAUCGACGCUUCCCACGAGCCAUGCUAAGAAAGAUCCAUCUCCCCGCCAUCUUCGCAUCCACCGCAUCGAUCCCACCCGCCACCGCGGCAAACUACAUGGCCUGGGGCAUAGUAGGCUUGUUCUUCAACGGCCAUCUGAAACGCAGAUACCAGCACUGGUGGAUGAAAUACAACUACAUCCUGUCGGCGGGGCUCGACGCCGCGCUCGCGGUGGGGAACUUCCUCAUCUUCUUCUGCCUUGCGUACCCGGGGGUUCGUGUAAAGUGGUUCGGGAACGAGAUCACCACGCGGACGGCUGAUGGGAUGGGUGUGCCGCUGCGCACGGUGGAACCGGGGCAGACGUUUGGGCCGAGCACUUGGACUUAG